AUGGGCGCUUUCACUGAGAAACAAGAGGAAUUGGUUAAUAGCUCAUGGGAGGCAUUCAAGGGAAACCUUCCUCAAAAUAGUGCUACGUUCUUCAAAUUGGUACUGGAGAAGGAACCAGGAGCAAAGGACUUGUUCUCAUUCCUAGGUAAUGGAGUAGAUCCCAGUAAUCCUAAGAUGGCUGCACAUGCUGAAAAGCUUUUUGGAACGGUGCGAGACGCAGCUGUUCAACUUAAAACAAAAGGAGAAGUGGUGGCUGAAGCCAAACUUGGUUCUGUUCAUACCGAAAAAAAAGUCACCGAUCCUCAAUUUGCGGUGAUUAAAGAGGCAGUGCUGAAAACAAUAAAGGAAGCAGUUGGAGACAAAUGGAACCAAGAAAUGAACGAUGCAUGGGAACAAGCCUAUGAUGCCAUGGCAGCAGCAAUUAAGAAGACAAUGACUUAG